AUGGCUAAAAAUCGUGAACCUGAGAAACCUGUCGAAUCGGAAUCAGAAUCAGGUGAGGAUGAUGAUGAAGUUUCAUCUGAAGAAGUCGGGUCUUCAGAUUCGGAUUCCGAACCUGAACAAACACUGGCGACAGCGCCGGCCCCUAGGAAACCCCUGCUGCCGCCUGCGUCUAAGCCCUCGUAUUCUUACUCUUCAUCCGAGGAGGAAGAUGAAGAGUCUGGAUCCGAACCGGAGUCCCACACCGAACCAGUCUACCCAAAUGUGAAGCCCUUAGUCUCCAAGCCAAUGGAAGAUCCACAAAACCCCACUACUAGCGCUGCAGCUAGGAAGCCUAGAUCCAAGUCGAACGCUUCCCGGAACAGCACGCCGACGAAGGCUACUGGUGUUGCUAAACGGCCCGCAGAGGAGAAAGAAGCUGAGGCUAUGGACAACAAGAGGUCAAAGAAGCAACCUUCGCCCGACGCUGAGAGUUCAGGUAAAACUCCGAGCGUUCCUAAUGAUGAUUCCAAAAAACAGUUGUUCCAGAGGCUGUGGAGCGAGGAUGAUGAAAUUGUGGUUCUCAAAGGCAUGAUUGAUUAUGCCGCUAAGAAAAAAUCCGACCCAGUUGCUGAUUUGAAUGGUUUUCAUGAUUUUAUUAAGAAGAACCUGCAUGUGGAUGUGACUAGGACUCAGUUGCAAAACAAGAUUAGGAGGCUGAAACAGAAGUACGAGAACAAUAAGAGUAAAGAGAAGAAGGGUAAAGAGAGGACCUUCUCGAAGGCCCACGAGCAAAAAGCGUAUGAUUUGUCAAAAAAGAUAUGGGGCAGCGAGAACGACAAUGAGAUUGAGGGAGAGAAAGCAGUGGGGAGUCCAAAGGAGAAUGGGACUGUUGUGAGGAAGACUGCGAGUAAGGGUGUUAAUAAGGUUGAAAAUAGCAAUUCCAAGGAAGUGAAGAGUUUGGAGGUUGCGAAUGCUGAUGUGGAGAUGAUGGCAGGGAGUUUCAGUGCAGGGAGUCUCCGUGGUAUGGGCAUGAGGGACAGGAUUUUGAGUGCUGGUGCAGAAUUUUUCGAAGGAGAAAAUAAGGUUGAUGGGCAUAAAGAGUGGAUGAAGCUGCGAGUGGAGGAGGUUGAGCUUGAAGAGAAGAAGUAUAACUUGAUGUGGGCUCAGGCCAAGCUGGUUUUGAAUGUUUUGAGGUCCUCAGAUCGCUGA